AUGCCUGGAGCAUUCAAGCACUGUACACAAUCUCACACAGCAGAAAAAGAGUUGCAGGAGACAUAUGAGAAGCUUGUUGAAGAUGUGAACAACCUCUUUGAUUAUAAGGAUAGCCAGCCUGAGGUCAACCAGAAGAAUGAUGCUGAGAACAUUUCAGUUAGUGUGGAAAGCAGCAUGACAAAGGAUGCUGAGAUCAAAAAAUUAAAGGCUGUUGUUGACCAGUUAAAGCAAAUUCAUGUAGCUCAAGCCACUGUCAUUAGGAAUUUGAAGUUCAACCAUCUUAAAGAGAAGGAAAAGUUGACCUCUGAUAAGAGGACUUUGGAGAUUUGCUAUGCUGACCUGAAGAAAGAGAAGGAUGACCUGAAGAAAGAGAAGGAUAAGCUGGAUUGUUGCAUUAAUGAGCUGAUGAAAGUGAAAGAGAAGUUGACCAUGGAGAAGAGUACUCUUGCUUCCUGCAUUGUUGAGCUCAAGACAGCAGGUGAUAGCAACAAGAGGAAGCUUCACCAGAUUAAGGCUAUUUGUGAUGAGGACUAA